AAAAUAAGGUUUUCUUUUCUCGGAAGAAACGUAUUAAUCCUUUUUGCACAUUAUACCUUGCCAAGCAAGCAAGGAUUCAACAGGGCAACGAUUUAAGGCUAUCGAUACGUAAUAGAUACGACAAAAUUUAAUAACAUACCUCCUGCUGUUGGGUUCCUCACAUUGUCAACGUCCUUACAGUGCUGACGUGACGCACAUGAAAGCAAUGGAGCGCACAGGGUGGAGAAGCAAUUAACUUCCGGCCGUUCGAAGUCGGUCGAGUUUGUCGUUCCCAACCUACAACUGUCACUCACUCCGCCUAUAAGGUCAAUGGAGAAACGGAAAAGUUUUAAUUUCCUCUAUCUGAUCAAUCUGCCACCAGGUUGAGUUUCGAUGCGCUUGGUCACAAUUAUCCAAUUCAAACUUGGAAAGAAAGUAAAAAGUUGCUCGUAGCUAAAUGUGACUUUUCUCACACUUGCUUGGAACUUUGCACCGCGCGCAGGCAAUAUAAUUUCGCUGUCACAAUAACAUCCCUAUCAAAACAUUGAACCAGCACGUUCAUUCGCUGGCAAGUAGCGCCGGCCUUUGGACCAUUGAAAGUAUCGGUUGAUCUGUGUCAAAUAACAAGAACCACCACACCAUGUCCGCUUUGGUGCAUCUAGCAAAGGAUCACAUUCAACGCAUCGCCGAUGGUGGCCAGUUUGUGAUCGUCAACGGUAUGGAUCGGUUUAUCGGAUUUUUUGCGUGGGAUGUGAAACUGAACGCAACCUGGCUGAAGAUGACGCUGAUUGUGUUUGCCGUUGGGUACGAAAUCACCGCCAUAGCUGCCAUGGCGCUGGCCUCAGUAAAAGGCGUCUUUACGGAGAGAAGCUUCACUAUGAGCUUCGUCACAAUGACUGGGGCCAUGUGUAUCGUGAUUUGGUUGUCGCUGGCCGCCUUCCGUCGCGAUCUGACCGGAACAGUCAAGUUUCUACAGCAUCGUCAGUGUACUAUUCACAGACAGAGCGCAGCUCGCAAAGCUCUGAUGGACCGUGUCAACCGGUAUCUGUGGCUGUUCUAUCUGCAGAACAUAGCGCAAGUAUUUUUUUGGAUCAACCUCCUAAGGAACUGCAGCCCGUUGGCGGUGUUCGAGCUGUCGCUGCUGGACAGUGUAAAUGUGCUGCUGUACCCGCUGGCAAUGACACUUAUGUCAUUGAUGUUCAUUCACACAAUAAUGAUCGUGUCUACGUUGCUAAGUGCCCUAACGCUUGAGUUCUACUGGUUGGGACAAGAGUUUGAGCAGGUGUUUGCCCAGUGCAAUACGUUUGCCGCUACCGCACGGAAGCGUUACUGGGAUGGGCUAAAACGAAGGAUCGACACUUGCGUUAUCGAGCAUCAGCGACUGCUGGGACAAAUCAGCACACUGCGCAACAAUUUGAAGCUUUAUCUGCUGCUGAAUCUCGUUGCCGAUUUCUCGCUCAUUACGUUUGCCGGCUGCCAGAUGGUCAUCUCCAGCGAAGGAGAUCAGCAUCUGUACAGUAUUCUUGCUGCGUUGACCGCAUGCCUGAAUAUGCUCAAUUUCGGUGGGUUGUGUGAUUUGCUCAAGAUUCAGGUACGUUGUGCGGUGCGGGAGCUUUCGCUAUCCCGGAAUACAACUUUCCACAUUUUACAGGUGCAUGCAAUCAAGUUUCGCUUGUACAGUUCCCAGUGGACGGACUACUUGCGCCCCGUAUCGGGGCCCCUCUAUCCGCGCUGCCGACGCAUCCGGUCCAGCAUACUCAUCGUGAUGACCCAGGCCGAGCACGAGCUGCGCAUCAGUUGUGGCAGCGUCUACGACAUGUCCCUCACUACUUGCUGGGCCGUGCUACAGUUCAGCUAUUCCGUGUUUACCCUUCUGCUAAGCUUCUUCGAAAACGAACCGAGAGUCCAGUGAGAGAGGUUCCCAGGAUCGAACACAUCGCACUACCUGCUAGCUGGGAAGUGUUCAUGCAUCCGCAUAAUGAGCCCAUUAUUGUUCUGUAUUUUUAGUAAAAGUGUUUUUAAGUGACGGUGUCCAAAAAUAAACACACAAUCACACACACACACACCACCGGAAGCUGAUCGGGGCCGUAGCACGUGCGUCCAUGGUGAGGCACGUGCUAGAAACACGUCGCGUUGAAUAUAAAUUGAAAUUUUAUCCUUGACAGCUGUAGUGCAGCGAAAGUUGUAUGGGUUAGUUUUCAUUCAUACAACAGUCCCCAAAUAAACGUGAGAUGUGUUCACCACGAAUACCUAGUAGCGAGGUUGAGCGAUAAGAGUUACGAAAUAAAGGAAAACUUAUAUUUUUGCCAUACUGUAACUAUACUCGGACCAAAAGAAGCUGUUGAAUACACUUUAAAUAGAUUUUUCCCCUUUUUUAAUUUUGAUGAAAAUCCGAAAGGUUGAAUAUUGCACAAAUAUUCAUCAAAAUCCAUCGCCCGCAUCGGACUGGAAAGUGUCCGCCCUUUCCUAGGUCCAUCUCUCCCCGAACAUUUCGCAAAGCUACUGUCGUUGUUCUUCAAACUAGUCAUCUUAACUUUUUCGACAAGAAAUCCAAGACGACAAGAAAUCCAUUUUGUCUCGGGUAAACAAUUCUUGGUCCCAAAGUUUCCUCUUCGCUAAACCGCCAUACCGCCAGCGGGAACGGCCAAGCAAUGAAUCUGGUGAAAAAUCAAACCAGCUUUGUUGACUUUCCCUUUUGCCCAUUUUGCUCCUAGGUUUUACUCCCUUGUAGUCCCAUUUACAAUGUCUGUGCCGCAACAUUAUCCGUACUCGGAAUCGGCAUCUUAUUUCACUCAUCGCAUCUUUCCUAUC